AUGAUAACUAAUAAGAAGAUAAAGAUAAUAGUUCCAGAAAAACUUGGUCUUUCUGGGCAAUCUUUUGAGCAAUCGUGGAAGAUAAUUAGGCAUGCCAUUGAUCACAUUUACAACGAUGACAUGGCCGAUCUUUCUUUCGAACAGGUUUACAGGACCAUUUACACAAUCGUUCUAAACAGAAAAGGGCCGAUACUAUAUAAUAAAUUGAAAACAUACCUAAUUCAAAAAUUAUGCUUCUCAAGGGAAACAGCCCUCAGGAACGAAGCGCGUAAUUAUGAAUUUCUCGAAACAAUGGCAGAAUUAUGGGAGAAACAAUGCCAUUGUUUUAAAAUUAUUGGAGACCUAAUGAUGUACAUGGACAAAGUUUAUUGCAAGCCGAAUAGACACUUGGAGGUAUAUGACAUGUGCCUUGAUCUUUUCCGAAUCGAAAUAUUGCAAAGAUGUUCUCCUUCUUUGAUUUCAGCACUAACUUCAGACAUAGAGGGAAUUCGUAGUUCCGGAUUUGUGGAUGCAAAACAUACUAGUAUUUGGAGAAUAUUAAUAGGAAUGAUGGAAACGUUGCAUGACAACAGAGAUAACUUUUUCUUGACGGAUUUUGAACCCGUUUUAAUUAGCACAACAGAAGAAUACUAUGAUAGAGUUAUUGAUAUCAAACUGUUAACGCCAAUUCAGAGCUUGAAGAAAAUCAAGAACUUGAAGCAGUUUGAAAAUGUCUUAGACUCUUGUUUUCUAAAUGCAGAUUCUCAAAAUAAAUUAAAGGCUGUGUUAGGAAAUGUUCUCAUAUGGGGUAAGUUGAUAAAUGUCAUCGAAGAUCUGACACAUGAAGCAAUGAAACUUUCAGAUGAAAAGUUACUCCAGGAGAUUUAUGAUUUAUUUAGCGAAGAGAAGUACCGCAUUACUAUCAUUGAGUCUAUCAAAUCCUACAUUGCUCAAAUAGCCAUGAAAAUUCCUUUUAAGGAUGGCGGUCGCAAAAAGGGGCAGAAUGCGAUUAGUUGGUCAUCAGGAGUUGUGAAUUUGUUUCAUAGGCAGCGCUUGUUUUUGGACAAGAUUAAAUUUGGUUUUAUUCGAUUUAAUAACUCAACUGUGAACAAGCCCGCCGAUUUGGCAAUACUUCACGAUGUUUUUACAGCAUAUUUCUCUAAAGAAGGACCAUUGCCAUCGGAGUAUAUUUCUACCUACGUGGACUACUGUAUGAAAAGAGCAAAUGAAGAUGGUCUUGAAAUAGUUGAAAUUAAGCAAGAUUUGCUUGAAAGUACCGAAAUAAUAGAAAUGCUUUCCGAGAAGGAUAUUUUUGAAAAAAAGUAUAAAAAGCAACUGUCUAGAAGAUUAUUGCAGCGGAAGUCCAAUAUAGAAAUUGAAAGAUGGAUGGUGCGAAUGAUAAAGAACGCUCUGGGGACUUUUUUUACUUCAAAACUCGAGAUAAUGUUGAGAGAUGUUUGUUUAUCUUUUGAAAUAUUGCAAGCAUUUAGAGACUCAAGGACCAACAGCAUAGAGUAUUUGAAUUUUGUUCCACAAGUUUUGACGAGGACAAGUUGGCCAUUUCAAAGUACUAACCCAAUUGACGACAGCAUUUCAUUGCCACCAAGAAUGUCUCAGAUUUUAGCUAGUUUUGAAGAGUACUACUCUUCAAAAUAUGAAGAAAGAAUGCUAAAGUGGGCCCAUCAUCUAAGUGUAAUCGAGAUUGGAUGCCAGUUCAAUAACGGCUAUUACGAGAUAAGUUUUUCUGUCUAUGCUGGUGCAAUUUUCCUUCUAUUCGAGGAUUACGAAGAAUUGACAUUAGAAGAGAUACAUGAACUAACCCAUAUACCUAAGGAAGAUGUGAAAUUUCUUGUGACGUCAAUGUCGACAAUGCCCAAAUGUAAAAUUUUGAAGAAAUCGUCUGAUUCGGGAAAUAUUAAAUUCUCCGUUAAUUAUUUCUUUUCUUCUUCAAACAGGAAAGUGAAGGUCCCUGUUAUAGCAGGUCCUAUAUCAUCUCAUAAAUCAGAUAAUUUUGCGAGGCAGACUCUGGUAGAUACCGAUGAAAAUGAAAAAUGCAUGGAAAUUAAUGCCACUAUUGUCCGAAUUAUGAAAGAAGAAGGAAGAUUUAGCCAUCAGCAGUUACUGGAAGAAACUAUGAGACAAACAAGGUCACGCUUCGAUCUUACUCCGAGCGUAUUCAGAAGAAGCAUUCAGUUAUUGUUGGAAAAAGAAUACAUUCAGAGAGACGCGGAUGAUGCUUCUUAUUAUCAUUGCCUUUUUUAA